AAAUAAUAUAAGCUUACGUAUUUUAUUCUAACAGUAUUUUAUACUGCCAAUUAAUUAAACUAAAGAUCGUAAAUUUUGUACAACAAUUUCUUUUUUACCAUUUUGUACACACGGUCUAAGAGCGCAGCUCAGAUCUUGGGAUUUCCGAGGUUAACAGCGAACUGACAGCGGUAUUACGUGUCCAGCCGAAGCCGCUCUCUCCAUCCAGCAUGUCCUGGUUGAGGUCGUUAAACUGAUAUUCCUCCUACAUAUAGUUUAUCAAUCCACACACAGGUGCCGAUUGGAGUAGCGCUAGUUCCCUGGAUAAUAGAGAUACCGGUUUCCCACACUCAACCAAUCAUGAGAAACUACUACAGCGUCGCAGAAAUUGUUUUUAUAUCAACGGCUUUGGUACUGGUAUCACUUCUUUCGGGGGUUUCCGAAGCGUGUGGACCUUCGCAGCUGACACGAGUGGAAAAGAAAGGGACGGGUGCUUUCGCCGGCAUCCCAGAAGAAUUCAAGCCCCACCAGAAGACGGAUGGAACGUUAGGCGUCGGCAACACCCAUAACAUCCUCCUGGAAAACGCCUCAACAAACAGCGUGGAGUGCACAAUCAAUGUUUCACCGGAUAAACAAAUAACCGGUCACUGCGUGAACAAUCUGGUCUCGGGAAUGCCCGGUUUAUGCCAGAGUCCGGAUGGAAAAUACAUCGACAUCCACGCGCCCUGUGCGUCUGCCAAACCGCCGCCCAUGAAGAAGCGCCUUCGACGUGCCAGUCAACAGUAUCGCUAAAAUGCAGCUGGCGGUGACCGUCACGUUGCACUGAAAACGUAGGGUAGUCCAAAACGCAGACUGCCGUUAAAGUUUGAUCUUCGGUCGAGAAAAUUAAUUGUGUCCAUAAGCAAUCACGAAACUAAGCCUGCCUAUUUGGUUAAUUACAAUCUAAAUAUGAAGCGAUACUCGUACUGCAAUCUGAAUUUGCAAUAGAAAUUGACCAAUAAAUAUCAGGUGCAUCUGGUGUUUGGAAUUGCGAGAGUGCGUCUAGAUCUAUUUGUUUCGUAAUACGCGUAAGUGAUUUAUGUGACUAUCCAGCUUAUAAGCCAC